AAACUAAAGUCCAUUGAAAAUGUGUUUAUUUUUAAUCCAUUUUGGAUGUGAGUAUCGUAUCUAGAAAUUUGUGCAUCGUGACUCAAAACUGAAGUUGUGUAUAUCUGUGUGACAAGUUGACAAGAAAAGUAAUGAGAAAAGUGAAUAAAUCUGUUUAAAAUUGUAUAAUUGUUGCUUUUGUAUGUGAAUAUAUAAAAUACUUUUGCAUUCUUGCUGUUGUAUCAUAAAAUUUAUUUUUUCUUUAAAAAGUUUGCCACUUAGCAGGAAAGUGAGGUUAUGUUUAUGACUCAACUGGGAAGAAACAAAUGUUGAAAAAUUAAUUAAAUAGUGUAAUAAGAGUACAGAUUACUUGAUAUUAGACUGUUAUUCAUUUUUUUUAAAUUUAUUAUUACUGUAAUGCAUUAAUUCAGUGGACGAAACAUCAUAAAAUUAACAUCACUCUACCGGGUGUGCUAAUUCUUGUUUCGUUUUAUCGUAUACUGCACAACCUUCAAAUGCCGCACGAUAAGAAAGCUAUGCGACGAAGUCGAUCUCGAGAUCGCGAUCGGGAACGCGAACGAGAGCGACGUGAUCGGCGACGCAGCAGGAGUCGAUCGAAAGACCGCAAGAAGGAUAGGAAGCGAUCCAGAUCUAGAGAACGAUCGCGAGAACGGGAUAGAUCACGGGAACGGGACAGAUCACGAGAGAGAGAUCGGGAACGUCGAGACAUCAAGGACAGAUCCAAGGACGACAAGAAACGCAAAAGCAGCCCUACGCUUGCUAAUGAGGAUGAUUCAAAGAAGGAAUCGAAGAACGAUGUUAGAAAAGAAGAGGAGGCGGAAGAGAAAGCGAAAUCGGCACCAAAGAAGGAACCAUUGAGCCUAGAGGAACUGCUAUCCAAGAAGAAGGCUGAGGAAGAGGCUCGAGCUAAGCCAAAGUUUCUCACCAAGGAAGAACGGACAGCUUUGGCAUUGGAGAAACGUCAGCAGGAAGUUGAUGCAAUAAGGAAGCAGCAAGAAGAGGAGCGCAAGUCACUGUUUCAUAACGAUAACACUUCUAAGGAAAGAGAAUGGGAUGACAGAGACAGUAGAAGGAGAGAGGGACAGCGUUCUCGCGAAGAAGAUAUUAAAGACAAGGAUAAAGAGAAGGAAGUGGAAGCUAUCAAGGAACGAUAUCUAGGACUAAUAAAGAAAAAGCGACGAGUUCGAAGGCUAAACGAUCGAAAGUUUGUCUUUGAUUGGGACACUUCGGAGGAUACUUCUGUGGAUUACAACAACAUUUACAAGGAGAGGCAUCAAGUGCAGUUCUUUGGUAGAGGCAAUCUAGCUGGCAUCGACAUUAAGGCGCAGAAACGAGAUCAAAGCAAAUUUUAUGGCGAACUGUUGGAAAAGAGACGUACUGAAGCUGAGAAAGAACAAGAAAAAAUGAGAUUGAAAAAAGUGAAGCGGAAGGAGGAAAAGCAGAAGUGGGACGACCGGCAUUGGUCCGAAAAGGCGCUGAACGAAAUGACCGAGCGCGAUUGGCGUAUCUUUAGGGAAGAUUACAAUAUCACCAUAAAAGGUGGCCGCAUUCCCGAUCCUAUCCGUUCCUGGAAGGAAUCCGGUUUUCCAAAGGAGAUUUUGGACAUUAUCGACAAAGUGGGCUACAAGGAUCUCACACCUAUUCAGCGGCAGGCAAUUCCUAUUGGCCUGCAGAAUCGCGACAUUAUUGGCGUCGCCGAGACUGGUUCGGGAAAAACUUUAGCCUUCCUGAUUCCAUUACUGUUGUGGAUCACCAGUCUGCCGAAAAUCGAAAGACUCGAAGAGGCAGACCAAGGACCAUACAGUAUUAUCUUAGCGCCCACACGUGAGUUGGCACAACAAAUAGAGGAAGAAACCAACAAAUUCGGCCAACCGUUGGGCAUCCGAACCGUUGUAGUAGUAGGUGGUCUUUCGAGGGAGGAGCAAGGUUUCAGAUUACGGAUGGGUUGCGAGAUUGUCAUUGCUACACCCGGACGAUUGAUAGAUGUUUUGGAAAAUCGUUAUCUUGUGCUGAAUCAGUGCACUUAUAUUGUACUGGAUGAAGCGGACAGGAUGAUAGAUAUGGGUUUCGAACCAGACGUUCAAAAAAUUCUGGAAUACAUGCCUGUGACGAAUUUGAAACCAGAUAACGAAGACGCAGAAAACGAGGAGAAGCUCUUAGCUAACUAUAAUACGAAGAAGAAAUACAGACAAACAGUGAUGUUUACCGCCACAAUGCCGCCGGCUGUGGAGAGGCUUGCCAGAACUUACCUGAGAAGACCAGCUGUGGUGUACAUCGGCAGCGUAGGCAAACCGACAGAACGCACCGAGCAAAUAGUUCACAUAAUGGGUGAAGCCGAUAAGCGGAAGAAACUCAUGGAGAUACUUAGCAGAGGUGUCGAGCCGCCCGUUAUCAUAUUCGUCAACCAGAAGAAGGGCGCGGACGUUUUGGCGAGAGGCUUGGAAAAAUUGGGAUACAAUGCCUGUACUCUUCACGGUGGCAAAGGCCAGGAACAGCGAGAGUACGCCUUGGCAUCGCUCAAGAGCGGUAGCAAGGACAUCCUGGUGGCCACUGACGUCGCAGGUCGUGGUAUCGACAUCAAGGAUGUGUCAAUGGUUAUUAAUUAUGACAUGGCUAAAACCAUCGAAGAUUACACACACAGGAUUGGUCGUACCGGUCGCGCUGGGAAAGCUGGUCUUGCCAUUUCUUUCUGCACUAAGGAUGACAGCCACUUGUUUUAUGAUCUCAAGCAGACCAUUCUCGCCAGUCCGAUAUCGACCUGUCCACCGGAAUUGCUCAAUCAUCCAGACGCCCAGCAUAAACCCGGAACAGUGGUCACGAAAAAACGAAGAGAAGAGAAAAUCUUCGCUUAAUACUUUCUCUCGACGGUUCUUGGUGAUUUUUGGAUGUACAGGUUUGAGCAGGAAAAAUUAUUGCAUAAAAUUUGAAAAGAAUAUUCUACAAUUUCGAAUAUCAAGAUUUAUAAUUAAAAA